UCGCUGAGUUCUUUGAAUUUCUUCAACAACAUGGAAUUGGUUUGAAAUUGUAUGAGAUUAUGCCUGCCGUUUCUCUUCUUUGCAAACACUGAAGUUGGAGGACUCAACUUACCUACAAAAAAGUUUAGACAGCAACAUGCUUACCAUGCAAACAGCUUACCAUCCUCAUCCAAUCUUUUACUUCUGUGACAGAAGCAGCUUUAUCCAACCUGGAGUUUGGGUGAAAAUAAAACACCCAAACUCGGGUUCACUUCCCAGAAGACUUGAAUUCACCAGAGGAGCUCAGGCCUAUAAGUCCCUCAUACCUGUUCGGCAAACCAGAAAAUUUGCAAUUCCAAAUACAGAUGAUGGUCACCCAUAUGUAUCCGUGACUGAAGAAAAUACCAACAUAAAUGAAGCAUUGGAUCAUGAAUCAGAGACCUUUUUGAGUAAGUGGUCUCCUCCUAGGUACUUAUGGAGAGGAUUAUCAGUUCUUAUACUGGCAGGGCAAGUAAUUAUUAGGAUUCUAAAAGGCAAAGUCCACUGGAGGAACACUCUCCAACAACUGGAAAGAGUUGGUCCAAGAUCAGUUGGGGUGUGUCUCUUAACUGCAGCUUUUGUUGGCAUGGCCUUUACUAUCCAAUUUGUUAGAGAGUUCACCAGAUUAGGAUUAAACAGAUCUGUUGGUGGGGUCUUAGCCCUAGCAUUUUCAAGAGAGUUGAGUCCUGUGGUCACAUCAAUCGUAGUUGCAGGGCGUAUUGGGAGUGCAUUUGCUGCAGAGUUGGGAACCAUGCAAGUUUCUGAACAAACCGACACCCUUAGAGUUCUUGGCGCAGAUCCUGUUGAUUAUCUGGUGACACCAAGGGUGAUUGCUACGUCAAUUGCUCUACCAUUUCUCACUCUAAUGUGUUUCACAGUAGGGAUGGCAUCCAGUGCUCUUCUGGCUGAUAGUGUGUAUGGAAUUAGCAUAAACAUCACCUUGGAUUCUGCUCAGAGAGCUCUUAAAUCAUGGGAUAUAAUUAGUGCAAUGAUCAAGUCCCAAGUUUUUGGUGCAAUCAUAUCUAUUGUGAGCUGUGCAUGGGGAGUUACCACCUUGGGAGGUGCCAAAGGUGUUGGAGAGUCUACUACUUCGGCUGUGGUUUUAUCUCUUGUUGGUAUCUUCAUCGCUGAUUUUGCUCUUUCUUUUUGCUUCUUUCAGGGAGCAGGAGAUUCAUUGAAGAAUUGUGUAUGACCUGUCAAAAUACUUUCUUGACUAUUUUUUUUUUUUAAUGUCUACUGGGC